CCGCCGCCGCCCCUCCUCGCCGCCGCGGCACUUCCCAAAUCCAGCCGCCGCCGAGUGCAGAGCGUCGGUAUCCCCUCCCCACGUCGCUGCCCCCGGGAUCCCAGAUCCGCGGGGUAGGUGCAGCUGGCGGUGCGUGCCUAGGGUUACCGCCCGCCCGCACGCGGCUGGUGCCGUCGGCCAUGAGCGACGGCGAGCGCCGCGACGAGGACGUCGCGACCACCAGCGCCGCAGAUGACGACGACGAUGAGGACUACGAGGAGCCUGGUGGAGAGAAUCACUUCCUGGGGUUCAUGUUCGGCAACGUCGACGACGCCGGUGACCUGGACGCCGACUAUCUCGACGAGGAUGCGAAGGAACAUCUUUUUGCGCUGGCAGAUAAGCUUGGUGCAUCCCUGAAAGACAUUGAUCUGACUAAGUCUUCUCCAGCAACAGCUGAUCCUUCCGAGCAAGAUUAUGAUGAGAAAGCAGAGGAUGCUGUUGAUUAUGAAGAUAUUGAUGAACAAUAUGAUGGACCUGAAGUUGAAGCAGCUACAGAGGAAGACCAUUUGCUAUCCAAGAAAGAUUACUUCUCCUCAAACACAAUGUUUGCUUCGGUCAGUAGUAAAGUUUCAGUGUUUGAUGAGGAGAACUAUGAUGAGGAUGAAGAACCACCCAAUGAUAUCGAGUUACCUGGUGAUAAUGUUAUACAAGCCGAGCAGCCAGAAAUAUCACCCUCUAAUGAUAAUCCUGCCAUCGGAAAGGUAUCUAGCCCGUUGCCACAAUCUGGGGAAACUAUGGAUGUUGAAUAUGAAGUUUGUCAGGAAGAAAUUGACACUGAGGAAGAUCAACUUGAGUCUAAAUCUGCGACUACCCUCCCUGUUUUAUGCAUAGAGGAUGGGAGUGUGAUCUUGAAGUUCUCUGAAAUUUUUGGUGCACAGGAGCCUGUAAGAAAGGCCAAGACAGAUCAGCAUAAGCGGCCAGUGAAUAAAGAGUUCCGUAUCACAAACAUCUGUGACAUUGUUGAAGAUGACGAGGAAGUAUUUCUAAGGAGUACUAUUCAAGAUGUCUCAUCUUUGAAGCAUAUCAAGAUGAAUGAAGAUUUUAUCGAGAGUGACAGUGAUGAGUUAGUUUCUAAUGAUACUUUUGGGUUUAAAGACGUGUGUCUUUCUGAACAACCAAUGAAGGAUGUACACAAAGAGUUCCCUACUGCUAAACAAGUUCUAGUUUGUCCUGAUGUUUAUCCACUUGAGCACGAAGAGUGGGAAAAUGGUAUCAUUUGGGGCAAUUCACCAGCAAGUGAAAGUCAGUCUUGUUUGGAAAGCUGUGCGGUAUCUGAAGAGAGCUCUGAUGCUCACAGUGAAGAUGAGGCUAAGGAUUAUGGUUAUGUAUCUGGGCGUUGUGAUGUACAUGAUAAAAAUAAUGGUUCUCCAGUAAUAACAGAACCUUUUGGCUGUACAGAAAUGCCUGCUUCAGCUAGUUAUCAUUCCCUUGAGAAUGGUUACCCUCCAUUGCUAAAGGAGACUCCUCAGGAGAAGAAUGAGUUAGACCACGCGGAACCAAAUAACAUAAAUGGAACGGUUAAAAUCAAUACGAUGAAGUGUUUAAGCAACCUCUCUCUUCUGAACAAGGAACUGUUGGAAGGAUCUUGGUUGGACAAUGUAAUUUGGGAUCCCAGUGUGGAUACUCCUAAGCCCAAGUUAAUCUUGGACCUGAAAGAUGACCAGAUGCUUUUUGAGAUUUUAGAUGAGAAGAAUGGGGAUCACCUCCGCUCACAUGCUCGUGCGAUGAUUGUUAGUCGGCCAAUAAAGAUUGCAACAGUGGAAAAUUCUGGGCAUAACAACCAAGCAAUUACAUUGGAUGCCCAAUUCAACAUUUCCAAUGACAAAUUUUAUUCCAACAGGAAGAUAUCACAACAAGCUAAAUCUCAUACUAAAAAGCGUUCUUCAAUGGGCAUAAAGGUGGUACAUUCUGUUCCUGGUCAGAAGUUGCAGACCAUGAAGCCAAAGCUGAGCACUAACGAAAUUGCUAAUUUCCAUAGACCAAAAGCUAAGUGGUACCCCCAUGAAAAUAAACUUGCUGCUGAGUUGCAAGGAGCUGCUUGCAGUCAUGGGUCAAUGACUGUUAUAGUAAUGACGUUAGCAGGAAAAGGAGUGAAACUUCUCGUCAAUGCAGAGGAAACUCCAGUAUCAGUAAAAUCAAAAGCUUCCAAGAAAUUAGAAUUUAGACCAUCUGAAAAGAUCAAAUUGUUUGGUUAUGGAAAAGAACUCCAGGAUGACAUCUCCUUGGCCAUGCAAAACGUGCGACCAAACUCUAUUCUGCAUGUUGUUCGCACUGAAGUACAUCUAUGGCCAAAAGCACAGAAGUUACCUGGUGAGGACAAGGCUCUACGUCCUCCUGGGGCAUUCAGGAAAAAAGCCGACUUGUCUGUUAAGGACGGACAUGUAUUUUUGAUGGAAUAUUGCGAGGAGAGACCUUUACUGCUUGCAAAUGCAGGAAUGGGUGCUCGACUUUGUACGUACUACCAGAAAACUUCACCCACUGAUCAGACAGCUAUAUCCCUGCGAAGCAACAAUGACGGACUGGGUACAGUGCUUGCUAUUGAGCCUGCUGAUAAAUCUCCUUUCCUGGGAGAUGUACGUUCUGGGUCCCAGCAAUCAUGUCUUGAGACAAACAUGUACAGAGCACCUGCAUUUCCUCAUAAGUUGGCAUCGACUGAUUAUCUUUUAGUUCGUUCGCCGAAAGGGAUGCUUUCUCUACGCCGCAUUGACAAGCUAUAUGCUGUUGGCCAACAAGAACCACACAUGGAAGUAUUUUCACCAGGAACGAAAAAUCUGCAGAAUCAUCUUUUGAAUCGAAUGCUCGUAUACGUAUAUCGUGAAUUCCGUCUUAGGGAGAGGCCUGGCGUUCUUUCCCAGAUUCGAGCUGAUGAAGUACCUAUUCAGCAUCCUCUGACCGAAGCUAUAGUGAGAAAACGAUUGAAGCAUUGUGCGGACUUGAAGAAAGGACCCAACGGACAUUAUUACUGGACACAGAGACCUGACUUUCGGAUUCCGUCAGAGGAGGAACUUAGAAGAUUGGUGUCACCAGAAAGUGUCUGCUGUCAUGAGAGUAUGCAAGCUGGUCUUCAUCGUCUCAAUCGCUUAGGAAUUGAGAAGCUUACUCAGCCUGUGGGACUUGCUUCUGCAAUGAAUCAGCUUCCCGAUGAGGCAAUUGCGCUCGCUGGUGCAGCACAUAUUGAGAGGGAGUUGCAAAUCACUAGCUGGAACCUUACCAGCAAUUUUGUUGCUUGUACCAACCAGGACAGAGAGAAUAUUGAAAGACUGGAAAUUACUGGUGUUGGUGAUCCAUCUGGCCGUGGACUAGGAUUUAGCUAUGUGCGAGUAACUCCAAAAGCACCUGUCUCCAAUUCAUCUCAUAAGAAGAAGUCAGCUGCAGCCAAAGGUACCACUGUUACUGGAACAGAUGCCGACCUCCGCAGGUUAAGCAUGGAUGCCGCCCGAGAGUUGCUUCUCAAAUUCGGAGUUCCAGACGAGCAAAUUGAUAAAUUAACAAGGUGGCAUCGUAUUGCUAUGGUGAGGAAGCUUUCAAGUGAGCAAGCAGCGUCAGGAAUUACGAUUGAUGAAAUUCCAGUUAGCAAGUUUGCACGUGGACAAAGGAUGUCUUUCAUGCAGCUUCAACAGCAAACUAAAGAGAAAUGUCAGGAAAUUUGGGACAGACAAAUUCAGUCACUUUCUGCUAUAGACGGUGAUGACAAUGGCAGUGAUACGGAAGCCCAUAGCGAUUUGGACUCGUUUGCCGGGGAUCUCGAGAACUUGUUGGAUGCUGAAGAAUUUGACGAUGAAGAUGUUGGUACUGCAGACCUGAGAAGCGAUAAAGCAGACGGAAUGAGAGGGCUCAAAAUGAGAAGGUGCCCUACCCAUGCUCAGUUUAACGAGGAAAUUCAAGAUGAUCAAGCAGAAGCAGCUCUAGUAAAAAAAUUGCUUGAAGAGAGUGGUAAUGACAUGAAGAGGAAGAAACAAUCUGUGGAUACAACAAAUCAGGGUGCCAAUAAAACUAAGCAGUUUAAGGCAUUGACUCCAAAGGAGAGCACGCCAAGAGGAGCGAAAGAGGUUGACAGUUCUUUUACUGAAGGCGGCUUACCUUCCAAACUGAAAACCAAGCUGAUGGCUGAUGCAAAUGAUAUCAUUCUGGUUAAAAAGAAAAAUGUUCCAGGAAAGGAUGGUUUAAAGGAGAAGAGGCAGGGAGCAAGGGGGGACAGUCUUGUAUGUGGAGCUUGUGGACAGCUUGGACACAUGCGGACCAACAAACUGUGCCCCAAGUAUGGGGAGGAUCCAGAAACCUCGGAAAUGGAUGCGAUUUCCUACAGAUCUAAUCCUCUUGAUGUAGCAAGUCAUGUUCAAACAAAGACACAGGGCAGGAGGUUGGUAGCCAAGGUUUCUUCUGAUGUCCCUGAAACUGAAGGGCAAGAAAGCAUUGAAAAGAUCAAACCAGUAAAAUUCAGAUGUGGGGCACCUGAGAAGUCCUUGGAAAGGAAUAUGUCAGUGGCAGGUUCUUUGGUUUCUGAUAAACUUACAAUGGAUGCUACAGAUUUGAGAUCUACUGGAAAGGUUAGCAAGAUUAAGAUAUACAGUAAGCCUAAGACUGAAGAUUAUCCUCCUGAUACUCCUAAGCCAUCAGUUGUGAUACGGCCUCCUGCUGAAGUAGAGAAGGAUGUACCUCGCAAGAAGGUCAUUAUAAAGCAGCCUAAAGGACAUGUAGACCAGCUAAGAGCUAUUGAAGUUAGGAGUGGUCACACUGGUCAGGAGCCUAGAAAAAUAAGGAAAAUUGCUGAAUUGUCAAGUUUUGAGAAGAACAGCAGAGAUGAUGAUGGUUGGUAUGCUGGAGAGCCCAGCCAGAUGAAUUCUUCACAUGAUAGGUUAGGCCGGGAUGGUAACAGGAAAAGCAAAGAAGUAACGGGAGGUGAUGAAUCCUGGAGAGCUUUUAAAGAGAUGCGAGAGAGACAGGAACAGAGGCUAAUUGAAGCUAGGAUUUAUAGCAGGGAGGAAGAGCUCCAGAAGGCAAAGAAAAAAAGCAAGAAAAAGAAAAAACAUGAAUUUCGAGAUGCUGACAUUCUUGAUCACAGGCCAUACAGAAAUGACAGAAAGGUACCUGAAAGAGAUCGAGCAUCAAAGAGACGUACUCCAGCUGAUAUGACAGAAUAUGCUCCAUCAGCCAAGCGGCGCAGAGGAGGAGAGGUUGAGCUCUCCAACAUAUUGGAGAAGAUAGUUGACCACUUGCGGAACCAAACUGCUAUAUCAUUGCUGUUUCUUAAACCAGUGACAAAGAAAGUCGCUCCCGAUUACUACGAUGUAAUCCAGCGCCCAAUGGAUCUGGGUACCAUCAGGGACAAGGCGAGGAAGAUGGAGUACAAAAACAGGUACGAAUUCAGGAAUGACGUGGCGCAGAUAGCAGACAAUGCGCACAUGUACAACGAGACGCGGCAUCCUCACAUCCCUCCACUGGCCGACGAGCUCCUGGAGCUGUGCGACCACCUUCUUGAUGAAAGCGCAGACGUGCUUGACGACGCCGAGAGCGCAAUGGAGAGCUAGCACAAUAACAAAGAUAUGGCGACGCCGUGUCCUAACAUAGAUUGCUGUACCUGCUGAUCGGUAGCGAGGUUGGGGAAAGCGCACCUGUACAUGUGGUUUAGGUUCCGGCGAUCGCAUGGAGGCACAUGUGAUCCCAGUCCCAGCUGUUUUGCCUGGUUGUUGCUACCAGGCAUCGGGAGUCGGAGUGUACACUAGCUGUAGGUUAGUCAUCGAGGGCCCGCUGUAACUAUUCGGCCUAUUGUUGUAAAAAAAGUAGCUGUAUAACUUUGUCAAUAUUCAGCUGUUGUAGUUGUGCAUCCUGUGCGGAUGAUAUUGGUCCAUAUGGAUAUAGAUGCAACAAAGCAACUAUUCUUUGGGGGUCCUCUGUUGCCAAUUUUAUUCGUAUAAAGGUUGUUGAACUAGUAUUAACUUUAUCCAAACCCAAAA